AAUGUAUAAUUUAAUUAUGUAUAAAGGAAUGUAAUGUGUUGUGAUGUCAUCAAACGCAUAUAAACACAGAGACACAGAGUAUAAAUCUAUGUAGCUACAAUGGCCAGCUAGCGCUGAGGACACAUGGCAGGAUUCAAUAGUGGCUCAUAUGCCCAGUCUGCUCCGGGGCCAGGGGAUCAACUCGAUGCUAUUGACCUCGGAGACGUGCCCAGUACUACACUGCCAACCCAAGUGAGCGACCGUGACCAGCAGGAUACGCAUACAGACAUUGUCGUUGCCCAUCAUCAACUACCCUAUUGUAUGUUCAAUAGAGGAGAAGCAUCUCUUCACACGAGGGCACAAGACAGCAAGUGUCAGGAAGUCAAGGAGCAGAUCAGAGAAGAACUAAAGGCUGAAAUUGAAUCAUUCAAGCAGAACACAAUGGCUAACUUACAAGUAAAGGAUGAAGAGCUAAAGAAAGUGAUGUGGGAGAGAGACAUGGCAAAGAAAGAGUUGGAGCUGGCCAAAGAGAAACUGGAUUUUGCGAACGAGACCAAAGAAAAGGAACACGCAGAUAAAGAAGUUCAGCUCAAGGCAAAGGACAUGGAAUUGAAAGAAAAGGAUCAGAAGAUUAAGGAAUUGACGCAACGUACGGAAAUACAAGAGGCCCAAAUAAAAGAGCUGAUCACAGAGAAGGAGCGUCUACAGAAGACCAUUGAUGAGAUGAAUAUCCAGAUGCGCAUUUUGAACGAGAAUGUCACCAAUAUCCAGAAUCAAGGCUCCACACUUGAAGCUGGACUACAGGAGUGCAAGGAAGCUAUCAGUGAGAAUUCAGAACAACGGGAGGAGCAGAUUAAAAAUGUCCUUGACAAACAGCUUGAGAAACGCAUGAGGGAAAUGUUUGCUGAAAUGGUCUCUCUGAACGUACCUUCUGCGACAGUUCAAGAAGCUGCGAGUGCUUCUUCAAAGCUCCAAGGUGACUACAAAAAUGUCUCUCCCGUGGCCAGCUACACACCUUCUCCCUCGAGAUCCCCAGUCAAUGUCCCCACACCCCCGCCCACACCCCCCACUAGCACUGAACAAGAGCAAACCAAUUACUGCGCUACUGGUCUGAGCAUGGCCACUGCUGGAGAGCCAGACUAUGUUCAGGCUGGCCAUGAUGAAGUCCUGGGUCAAAUCGACGAUGCAUCCGAGCCUCACGCCCCAAUUGAGGAGGAAAAUGCUGUUGGUAAUUGUAUCAUCCCAAGCAACUCUUCGCAGAUUAUGGUUGGAGAUUCAGUCUAUGUAAAUGAACGUGAUUGCAAGGAAUUGAGGGCGGUAGUGAGUGAACUUCGUAAUAGAGCUGAAGCUGCUGAACAACAGAUUGAAAAAGAGCGGGGCGAAAAAGACGAGCAAAUAGUUCAGAAAACAAGAAAGUUGCGCGAAGUAACCGAGGAGCUUGAAAAAACGAAACAGGAGUACGAAUCAUCUACCGGGGUUUUCCUAACGUUGAAAAAAAGGCUGGAAAGUGAACAUGCUAAGCAGCUUGAUGAGGUUACAAAGGUGUCUCAAACGUUUGAGCAAAAACUAGCAUUGAAAGACGAAGAUCAUGCACAGCAACUGGCAUUGAAAGAAAAGGACCUUGAGAAGAAAUUAAGUGAGAAAGAACAGCAUCUUGAAAGGCAACUCUCUGAAAAAGAGCAAGUUCUUGAAAAGCGAUUGACCAAAAGAUUUGAUCAACAGCUGUCUGACGAAGCCAAACAGUCUAAGCAGCAGCAGGCACAGAAGGACGAGGAGCUCAGAGAGGCUACUCACAAGUUGGAGACAUGCAGAGAGCAGCUAAAAAAAAAUAAGAAGCAACUUGCUGAUGCUCAUACAAAUGAGGAGCAGCUCAAGUCUGAUAACGCUGACCUAAAGAAGCAAGUGGAAGAUCUCACAACCGAGAAAGAAGCUCUUGAAAAAACCGUAAAAGAGUUGGGGGAAGAGGUUAGAGUCUUAAACCAACAAAUGGGUGAGCUCCAAACAACAAACAAGGAACUCCAGGAGAAGAUGGAUAAGUGUAUCCAAAAAGAAGACUUGGAUAAAGCUAUUGAUAAAGCAAUUCAAAAGAGUGAAGAGCAGAACCGGGAGGAGAUGGCACGCACAAGGAAGGAAAAUGCACGCAUUACGACGGAGCUGAUACAGGCUAAGAACAAUAUGGAACAAGUGCUAAAACUUGUACAGGAAUCUGCCCUGUCUGGUAAGAUAACCAAACAGCCAGAACUCCAAAAGACUAUGACAAAGUCCUCUAGCACCUCAAACACCCCACCAUCCAAUUAAUCGCUCCCGUAACAUUAUUUUUAUGAUUAGCUUUGAACAAAAUUGCAGUUUAUUUUUUAUUUAAUGUGCACUAUACUGUAAAAUACUAUAGCUCUGAGCUGAACAUGAUUGUUAUUGAGUUUGUAUAUAGGCCUACUGAUAAAUUAUCGUUAGCUAAUUGAAGUUCAUGUACAAUUAAAAAAAUAACGCGUAAAGC